AUGGAGAAGAGAAAACAUUUGUAUUGGAUAGCAUGUUUAGCUCAUUGUUUUGACUUGUGCCUUGAAGAUAUUGUUUAUAAGCCUUUGGUAAAAAUGUUGCGCCUUACAGAUGGUGAAGAAAAACUAGCAAUGGGUUUUAUUUACGAGGCUUUGUUAUUAUUUCGAGACAAGCAUGAAACAUUUGGUACUCCACAAGUACAAAGAGCUUGGAAGCAAAUGAAUCCCAUUGAAUGGUGGAUGAUAUAUGACACUUGUGUUCUUGAAUUACAAAAACUAGUAAUCAAAGUGCUUAGUGAAACAACAUUUGCAUCAAAUUAUGAAUGUAAUUGGAGCAAAUUUAGCUAUAUUCACACCAAAGCAAGAAACGGAUUGAAGUUUUAA